UUAUUCUCAGUUUUGACUGCACCUCUUCUCCAAGCUGGCAAAAGCACCAUUUUGUAACGUGCAUUCUACCGGUUACAAUGUAUUUUAUUGUCGUUAUUAAUUAAUUACAUUGUAAAAAUGACGCACUUUUUGCCACCUAAUUUAUUAGCUUUAUUUGCUCCUCGGGAUCCAAUUCCUUAUUUGCCUCCAGUGAGUAAACUUCCACAUGAGAAGAAGAAUGGAGGAUACAUCGGCGUCGGAGCAUUUUUAAAAUACUUUGAAGAUCCUAAGGACACACCUCCACCAGUUCGUGUUGAAACUCGAGAAGAACGAUUAGAAAGACGUAGAAGAGAACGAGCUGAACAAGUAGCAUAUAAACUUGAGCAAGAAAUCGCAGUGUGGGAUCCGGCUGGAAUUCCCAAUGUUACAGCAGAUCCAUUUAAAACACUAUUUGUUGCUCGAAUUAACUAUGAUACAUCUGAAUCGAAACUUAGACGUGAGUUUGAAGUAUACGGACCAGUUAAAAAGAUCGUUGUGAUUCAUAAUACUGUAAAUCUGAAGCCAAGAGGGUACGCUUUCAUUGAAUAUGAACACGAAAGGGACAUGCACUCUGCAUAUAAACAUGCGGAUGGUAAGAAAAUAGAUGGUCGCAGAGUAUUGGUCGAUGUGGAACGUGCAAGAACUGUAAAAGGGUGGCUGCCAAGAAGACUUGGUGGAGGUCUGGGUGGUACACGAAGAGGAGGACCUGAUGUCAACAUCAAACACUCUGGUAGAGAAGACAAUGAAAGAGAAAGAGAAAGAUAUCGACUAGAACGAGAAAGAGAAGCUACAGGACGUGGACUUGAUAGAGAUCGUGAUCGUGAUCGUGUUGACAGGGACCGCAGAAGAUCAAGAGAUAGAAAGAGACGGUCACGCAGUAGAUCGCGCGAUCGAAAACGCAGACGUAGUCGCGACCGCGGUUUGGAUCCAGAGAUUGAAGAAAUUCAGAGAGAGGAAAGGAGUCGUGAUCGAAGAGACCGCGAAAGAGAUCGUGAUAGAGAUAGGGAUCGUAAACGUAGACGGUCUAGGAGUAACGAUCGUGAUCGAGAUCGUGAACGGAAAAGGGACAAACGUGAUCGUGAUCGUGAAAGGAGAGAUCGGAAAGAUCGUGGCGAUCGUAUUCCAGAUGAAGAUACUAAAGAAAUUCGCGUUAAAGAGGAACCUAUUGAUGACUAUCCUGACUAUACCAAUUCAUAUCCUUCCUCUACGCCAUACUUUGCUCAAGUGAAAUACGAGGAUGAUAAUGAAGUCGAAGAAAAAUAUCGAAUCCCGGAGAAUCGUAAUGAUCAACCGUCUUACAAUUAUGAUUCUGUGCAGGAUUAUUAAUUAAUUUUCUUAUAAUUUCAAUGAUAACUAACGUAAUCACGUCAUUUUUUUUUUUUUUUAUUU